UUUCCGCCCGGCGGAAGGACACUGAUCCAGAGGCGGCGUGUCGUUGCGCUCAGGCAGCAGAAUGAGCGACUCGGAAUCGCGGCGCCAGCGAGCGUGAGUGCGGAGUAGAAUGGAGCCGAGCUCGGCCUGAGCCGCACCGGAACCGGCCCGAAUCACACGACGCGAAGGUCCGAAGACACCGAAACAGAGGAGGAAGAGGGAGCGCGACGACAGAGCGAUAUGAUAUCGCCGCGCUGAAAGACAAGCGGCGGCGGCGGCUUGCGAGGAAAAAGGGAGAGAAAGAUGGGCGCCGUUCUGCGGAGUCUAAUCUUCUGUAGUUUUUGUUCGCUUAUACAAGGCGACCCCCUCCUGCUGUAUGCAAAUCGGCGGGACCUGCGGCUGGUUGAUGCAGCCCAGGGGCGGUCCAACGCCACAGUGGUAGUGAAUGGGCUGGAGGACGCAGCAGCAGUGGACUUCAUCUUUGCCGGGGGGCUCAUCUACUGGAGUGACGUGAGUGAAGAGGCCAUCAAGCGAACGACUUUCAACCGGUCAGGCUCCUCCCACCAGACUGUGGUGUUGUCGGGCCUCCAGUCCCCCGAUGGCCUGGCCUGUGACUGGGUGGGUAACAAGCUCUACUGGACUGACUCGGAGACAAACCGCGUCGAGGUGGCUGAUCUCGAUGGAUCUUUACGGAAAGUGCUGUUCUGGCAGGACUUGGAUCAGCCGAGGGCCAUUGCCCUGGACCCAGCUCGGGGGUACAUGUACUGGACGGACUGGGGGGAAAUUCCAAAGAUUGAGCGAGCAGGGAUGGAUGGUACGAGUCGAUCGAUCAUCAUUGACGGCAACAUCUACUGGCCGAACGGCUUGACGCUGGACUACAGCGAGCAGAAGCUUUACUGGGCCGACGCGAAAUAUAACUUCAUCCACAGGUCGAGUCUGGAUGGCAGUUCACGGGAGGUGGUGGUCAAAGGCUCUUUGCCGCACCCCUUCGCCCUCACGCUCUACGAUGACACGCUCUUCUGGACCGACUGGAACACGCACUCCAUCCACUCUUGCAACAAGCGGACGGGCGAGGACAGGCGCGAGGUCCACUCCAACAUCUUCUCCCCCAUGGACCUCCACGCCUACAGCCAGAAGAGGCAGCCCCAUGCCCCGGAGAGCCCCUGCACAGUGGGGAACGGCGGCUGCUCCCACCUGUGCCUGCUGUCUCCCGUCAAGCCGUUCUUCCAGUGUGCCUGCCCCACGGGCGUGCGACUUCUGGAAGACCAGCGCACCUGCCGGCCGGGCCCCACCCAGCUGCUGCUCCUGGCCCGGCGCACAGACUUGCGGCGCAUCUCGUUGGACACGCCCGACUUCACCGACAUCGUGCUGAACGUAGAGGACAUCAGGCACGCCAUCGCCAUCGACUAUGACCCCGUGGAGGGGCUGGUGUACUGGACCGACGACGAGGUGCGCGCCAUCCGGCGUUCCCGGCUGGACGGCAGCAGCAGCCAGUUCGUGGUCACCUCACAGAUCAGCCACCCUGACGGCAUCGCCGUGGACUGGAUUGCCCGCAACCUCUACUGGACCGACACGGGAACGGACCGCAUCGAAGUCACCCGACUCAACGGCACCAUGCGCAAGAUCCUCAUCUCCGAGGAUCUGGACGAACCACGGGCCAUCGUGCUGGACCCAGUUGUGGGGUACAUGUACUGGACGGAUUGGGGGGAAAUCCCGAAGAUUGAGCGGGCCGCCCUGGACGGGUCCGACCGUGUGAUCAUGGUCAACACCUCCCUGGGCUGGCCCAAUGGGCUGGCGCUGGACUACGAGGAGCGCAAGAUCUACUGGGGCGAUGCCAAAACGGACAGGAUCGAGGUGAUGAACAUGGACGGCACGGCCCGACGGAUCCUGGUGGAGGACAAGCUGCCCCACAUCUUCGGCUUCACGCUGCUGGGCGACUUCAUCUACUGGACUGACUGGCAGCGCCGCAGCAUUGAGCGCGUGCACACACGCUCAGCAGAGCGCGAGGUCAUCAUCGACCAGCUGCCUGACCUCAUGGGCCUUAAGGCCACAUAUGUGCACCGUUCAUUCGGCACCAACCCCUGCGCUGAGAAUAACGGGGGCUGCAGCCACCUGUGCCUGAACCGGCCUCAGGGGGUCCAGUGCGCCUGCCCCAUCGGCCUGGAGCUCAUCGGCGACAUGAGCACCUGCAUCGUCCCCGAGGCCUUCCUGCUCUUCUCCCGCCACACCGAUAUCCGCCGCAUCUCCCUGGAGACGAACAACAACAAUGUGGCCAUCCCGCUCACCGGUGUCAAGGAGGCCUCUGCUCUGGACUUCGACGUAACGGACAACCGCAUCUACUGGACAGACAUCACGCUGAAGACCAUCAGCAGGGCCUUCAUGAAUGGCAGCGCCCUGGAGCCAGUGGUUGAGUUUGGUCUAGACUACCCCGAGGGCAUGGCUGUCGACUGGCUGGGUAAGAACCUCUACUGGGCUGACACCGGCACCAACCGCAUCGAGGUGGCCAAGCUGGACGGGCAGCACCGGCAGGUCCUGGUAUGGAAGGACCUGGACAGCCCGCGGGCCUUGGCUCUGGACCCCGCUGAGGGCUUCAUGUACUGGACGGAAUGGGGCGGAAAGCCCAAAAUCGACCGUGCGGCUAUGGAUGGGACAGGUCGUGUCACCCUGGUGCCCAACGUGGGCCGUGCCAAUGGCCUGACGAUUGACUACGCUGCACGGCGCCUCUACUGGACGGACCUGGACACUACGCUCAUCGAGUCGUCUAACAUGCUAGGUCUGGAGCGUGAGGUCAUAGCGGACGACCUCCCCCACCCAUUUGGCUUGACGCAGUACCAGGACUACAUCUACUGGACGGACUGGAGCCAGCGCAGCAUCGAGCGCGCCAACAAGACCAGCGGGCAGAACCGCACGGUCAUCCAGGGCCACCUGGACUACGUGAUGGACAUCCUGGUGUUCCACUCGUCGCGUCAGGGGGGCUGGAACGCCUGCGCCUCCACCAAUGGCCACUGUUCCCACCUGUGCCUGGCCGUGCCCAAUAACAGCUUUGUCUGCGGAUGCCCCGCCCACUUCUCCCUCAACGCCGACAACAAGACUUGCAGUGCCCCCACCUCCUUCCUGCUCUUCAGCCAGAAGACGGCCAUCAGCCGCAUGGUGAUGGACGAGCAGCAGAGCCCCGACAUCAUCCUGCCUCUGCACAGUCUGCGUAACGUGCGCGCCGUCGACUACGACCCGCUGCACAAGCACAUCUACUGGAUUGACGGCAAGCAGAAUGUCAUCCGCCGUGCUCAGGAGGACGGCAACCAGAGCAUGACCGUGGUGUCCAGCUCCUCUGGCAGUCCCAACCUGCUCCUGCAGCCCUUUGACCUCAGCAUCGAUAUCUACAGCCGCUACAUCUACUGGACCAGUGAGGUCACCAAUGUCAUCAACGUCACCGGCACUGAUGGCCGACGGGUGGGCGUGGUCCUGCGCGGGGAUCACGACAAGCCCCGGGCCAUCGUGGUCAACCCAGAGAGGGGGUACAUGUACUUCACCAACUUGCAGGAGCGCUCCCCCCGCAUUGAGCGUGCGGCGCUGGAUGGCACGGAGAGGGAGGUGCUCUUCUUCACUGGGCUGGGCAAGCCGAUAGCACUGGCCGUGGAUAAUGAGGCGGGCCGGCUCUUCUGGGUGGACUCAGACUUGCGACGCAUCGAGGGCAGUGACCUGUCUGGUGCCAACCGGGUCGUGAUCGAGGACUCGAACAUCCUGCAGCCAGUGGGCCUGACUGUAUUCGGCAGCCACCUCUACUGGAUCGACCGGCAGCAGCAGAUGAUUGAGCGCGUCGACAAAACCACCCGCGAGGGGCGCACCAAGAUCCAGGCCCGCAUCUCGGCCCUGAGUGACAUCCACGCCGUGCACGAGCUCGACAUGAGGGAGUACAGUAAACACCCCUGCACCUUGGACAAUGGUGGCUGCUCCCACAUCUGCAUCAUCAAGGGCGAUGGCACCACGCGCUGUUCCUGCCCCAUCCACCUAGUCCUACUACAAGACGAGCUCUCCUGUGGGGAGCCCCCCACCUGUUCCCCGGAGCAGUUCUCCUGCACGUCUGGCGAGGUGGGCUGCAUCCCGCAGGCGUGGCGGUGCGACGGUUUCUCGGAAUGCGAGGAUGAGAGCGACGAGCACGGCUGUCCCGUGUGCUCGGCCGCCGAGUUCCAGUGCACCAGCCACCAGUGUGUGGCGCUGUCCCUGCGCUGCGACGGCGAAGCCAACUGCCAGGACGGCUCCGACGAGAUGGACUGCGCGGCUCGCUGCCCUCUGGACCAGUUCAGCUGCUCCAAUGGACAAUGUGUGGGAAAGCACAAGAAGUGUGACCACAACGUGGACUGCCUGGACAACUCCGAUGAGCUCGGCUGCUAUCCCACAGAAGAGCCGCCCCCCCAGCCCAUCAACAUCAUCGGCUCCAUCGUCGGCGUCAUCCUCGUGCUCUUCGUGGUGGGGGCCGUCUACUUCGUGUGCCAGCGCAUUCUCUGCCCACACAUGAAGGACGACGGGGCCACCAUGGCCAACGACUUCGUGGUGCAUGGACCCUCCUCGGUGCCUCUGGGUUACGUCCCACACCCAAACUCCCUCUCGGUGUCCCUGCCAGGCAUGUCCCGUGGAAAAUCUGCAAUGAGCUCGCUAAGCAUCAUGGGAGGUGGCAGCAGUGGGCCGCCGUACGACAGGGCCCACGUCACAGGGGCCUCAUCCAGUAGCUCCUCCAGCACUAAAGGCACUUAUUUCCCACCGAUCCUGAACCCCCCACCCUCACCCGCCACAGAACGCUCCCACUACACCAUGGAGUUUGGCUACUCCUCAAACAGCCCCUCUACCCACCGCUCGUACAGCUACAGGCCCUACAGCUACCGCCAUUUUGCCCCACCCACCACGCCCUGCAGCACGGACGUGUGUGACAGCGACUACACCCCGGGGCGCCGCAUCGUCCCCGUGGCCAAGGGCUACACCAGCGACCUCAACUACGACUCGGAGCCCUUCCCACCACCGCCCACGCCCCGCAGCCAGUACCUGUCCGCUGAGGAGAACUGCGAAAGCUGCCCCCCCUCCCCUUACACGGAGCGCAGCUACUCCCACCACCUGUACCCCCCACCUCCUUCCCCCUGCACAGACUCCUCUUGAGCUCCACCCAGUGCCCCGCCCACUUCCCUUGGGCCGCCCUCUCUGUGUAAAUAGCAAUUGUGUAUACUGAGUUGAAAGGACUUAUGAUCAAGGGGGGAGGGCAUGGGAAUUUUGUUCAGUGUCCUGGGUAUAAGGGGCUUGGGGUACAGUGGAGCUGGAAAACUUUGUACAGUAAAGAGAAAUAUUUAUAUAUUUUCUAUACACCAACUACUGGUUGUGCCAUUGAAGUUUGUAUUGAAAAGAGAAAUCUGUACAUUUUAAAGUUUUUAUUAAAUCACCAUAAAUUAAAUGAAUUGCCUUAAACCGGGAGAUAAAACGCCACCUUCCCAUUAAACUAGAGGAAAUAAAGCAUUCGGAAAGGGAUAUGGUGAUACUCAACUGAUGCCAAAUAUUUUUUUGGGUGGGGUGUGUGGGGGUCCGAUCGGGUGUUUUUUGUAGCCCGACCGCGUAGCCAGCCAGCCUGCCGUCCCGUCGUGGGCGAGCGCCGACAUCGUCCGUUGCUGCUGCUAUUUGCACGACGAUACAGACGUAGGAAGGAAAAAAAGACAAGAACUUAAGCAUUAUACCUCUUUUUGCUUUGGAAUUAUUUUUAAGUGAUAUGUUCUGCCAGGCUUGAUUCCUCCGACUGGAAUACUGAGGAGAUUCCGCGAGCUGCUCCGGUGAGCUUUGCGGGAGAAGGUGAGCCGCAGAAGCAAUAACGGCCGCCGGCUCCCCACCGCGCCGCCGCUUGGGCGCGCUCCCGGACCCGCGCUCCCGAGCCCUGUUUACACCGAUGUCUUACAACUGAAACCCUCUUCGUCUGGAAGAACUUUGCCCGUAUUUGCGAUUUUGUGCCGAGUGUCGGGACACCUGGGCUCGUGGAAGAAGGUGGUACGUAUGACGGCGGCUGCUCCCUCCCGCAGCCGCUCCAAGAGGGAACGUCUCCCGCAGGAUAUCACCGGCCCUGCGGCCAAUCCGGAGAUCAAUGAUGAACUCCGCACAUUAAGAAGCAAUUUUUAUUUUUGUGUGUUUCUUCGCCUCCACCGUUUGUAUAUGCCAUAGAGCUGCUGUGAACUGGUCUGUUUGAAAUAGCCGGUCUCUUACAGCCCCUGCGUUUUUCCUCCACUCUCCCAACGCAGAUAUAUAUACAUUUUUUUUUGCCCAAACAAGGACAAAGUUUUCGUGCCUGACGAGUUUUACGGAAAGAUUUGUCUUAACUUUAAAUCCAGUGCCCACAAAAUGUUUCCGAUAUUUUUGUACAACGUGUAGAUAUAUUUAUAAGAUAUAAGAAAUGUAUGGUUAGUUUUCUGUAAAUCUAUCCCAUUUUAUCCUUGCGGUACUUCUCCUUGUACAUUCUUACAGUCUACGAAACCUCGUUUUAUUUUUCUAUUGCAAAUGUUUGGAGACAAUCUGAGACUGACAUAUUUAUCCAGGUACCUGUUUUUACCUUGCGAAAUAACUCAUCUCCUUGAGCAAUAUUUUUGUACAUCAUUCAUUUGAUCAUUUACAUUCAGUUUGACUCGAGAGCCAAAUAAUUUUUACAAAGACGUGUUUAUGACCGAUCACCCUCUCCCCCAAAAUAACGUGUCUCGUAUCUAAAUCUGUAAGCUUGCUUGGGGUUGCCAAAAAAUGGGAAUGUAGCCUUUCACAUGCAUUCAUUCCAUUUAAUUCCUGCAUUUCAGCGUUCACAGGUCUCUUUCAGGGAAUUGUCUUUGUCCAAUUUGAGGACUAGAGAUGGGCAGUCCGCAUUCUUACGCUUCAUGUAGUGUGCUGUCUUUGUUUACAGCAACCGAACUUUCCUGUUAGCUUGCCACAGUCACGUUUUCCAAAAACUCUUCUCUUCUCCCGUGUGAUUUAUUUCAAGCUGACAAUUGAAUGCAUGCACCAUGGACUUGGCGACCUGCUUAUUGGCCACUAUCUGUGCAGAAUACUGACGAAUAGGAGUGCUGGAUUCUGUGGCUUAUGUUCUUAAAUUUUCUGGUCGGUAGUUUUUUUUUUUUGUCCUGAAAAAUACAUUUCAAAAUACUGCUUGUUAUAUGGAGGCAUAUGUAAACAAGUUUUGUCUGCUAAAAGUUUUGUCUCGCAAAGGGCUUUACUGGGAAACGGUGCAUCGCAGUCAUCUCAUUUUCUUGCAGGCAAGUGACAGUUCAGUGAAUUGUUCAAACGUUUUAUUCCAUAGAUUUUUGCCUAAGGAUCUGUCUUUACCAGCAUAACUUUCUAGACAAUCUGAGCUACCCUUGGUAAAACUUUGUUUUUUGCAGAUGUGCCUCGUCAUAACAUUUCACCUAGACUUUAAUUUUAUCUGAUUUUGACAGUUUAAUCACUACGUUGAACCACCUUUCCCAAAUUUAGAAAUGUCACAUCUUAAGCAUGUUACUGAAAUAGUAUUUUAUUAAAUCCUCCCCACCCCAAAUUUUUACAUGCGUUAGUAAAUGAGUGCUUUCCCCAUUUUGAUUUAAUAAGUCCUUCUGGUUGUUUGAAUUAGACCCCUGUAUAUGUUAGUCCUUUGAACUAUUUUUGGGGCAUAUCAUACUUGUAUUGGCUCCAUGUGAUGAUGGGAGAGACCACGUCUCACAGGGUCGGUCCUGCUCAGCAGAUCUCCAGAUGAUCGACAUUAUUCCGGACAUUUCUUUGUCUGCUACAAGGGCUUCAGCGUAACCCCACAUGCCACAGCGCUAGACCAGCGUUACUCUCUCAUGCUUGUUGCACUUUACGGUACAUCUGCUUCUUGUUGCUAUGGCAUGUUAUACGGUUUUGUUUGCUAGUAUUUUUCUAUAUUUUUUUUCCAAAUGAGCUCCUUGCUUUUAUGCUACGGUGUUCAUAUUACUGUGUAUUAUGUAGGCGUUUUUAAUCUAUGUAUUUCCUAAAAAAGAUGAAUGUUGGCUAUUUUGACACUGGCAUUUUGCUUACAGCCGCUUAAAUUUUGAAAUCGAAGAUGAGAUGAGCCUCUGUUUUAUGAAUUUAACUACAGUGUAGCGCCGUCGACAUGUGGGAGUGUGAGCAUGUGGUAACCAAAAAGAAAAAAAUAGUUUAUAAAUGCUAACAUGCAACAGGAAUUAUACACAAACCCGAAUUAAGUGAGAUGCAAAUAAACAUGAGCUAUCUGGUGGCACCUAAAAUUUGGUGGUCACUUUUUGUUGGGUACACCUAGUACCCAGGUAAAUGGUACCAGUAUAUAAUAAAGGUUUCUUGUCCUUUGGAAGGAAGCUUACUGAAAAUACGAUUGUACUUCUGUGCCUCAAACUAGUAAGCAAGGGGAUUUGGUAAAAGCACUUUUGGUUCCAUGCUGUUGGAGAUGUCAAAUUUUAGAAUAAUAGCAGAAAUGUUGGGAGAAGGUCUUUGGUCAGGUUAAAUUGGUCUCAUCUCAUUGAAUUGAAUGGUGCUUUUGCAAGGGUGUGUUCAAGAUGACCAACAUUUGGUUAGUUAUAUCAUUUUCCACUAACUCUACCUUUUUUGUAAAUUAAUUGCUUUACAUGUAAAUCAAUGUAUAAAAAAAUCUGUACAGCCCAUUCAAUAACUAUUAUAAGCUGUUGUAACUAAUAAAAUGUUGAUUUUUAUAAUAAA